GCUACGAAGCCGCUUUAUUUGAGAUUCACGUUGCGGAUAUGGGUGUGUCGUUCCUGUAUCGUUCAAAAACCCAACGGUUCUUUAAAUGCUGUGUUUAUGCACUAGGUGCUUCUGCCUUCUUGGUUGGAGGUCGAUGGGCCCUUGCUGACACCAACAUUGUGGGCCUAAGUAAUAAAUGCUUCUCCGUUUCCUGCGCUAGCGUACCAUUUGUUACCAAGUUUCCUGAAAUAAAUCUAAAUAACUGGAUGUGCUUGCCUGUUUCUGCAGUCGACAAGUUACAGUCAGGUGAUGAAUGUUAUCGCUCAAAAAUGGAAGUGUUGUGCAUGGAACUCCAAGGUCGCUUGUGUAAGGAAGUUGAAAAGAUUGAUGGGAAAGCCAAAUUCAAAGUGGACAAAUGGGAACGUCGUGCUGGUGGUGGCGGAAUUUCAUGUGUUCUAGAGAAUGGUGAUGUUUUUGAAAAGGCUGGUGUAAACAUCAGUGUGAUAAGUGGGAACCUUAGCGCUCAAGCUGUGAAAGAAAUGCGUGCAAGACAUAAUGAAAUUGAUCCUAAUAAAGAGUGCAAAUUUUUCGCUUGUGGUAUCAGUUCAGUUAUUCAUCCACUUAAUCCAUAUGUCCCUACAACACACUUUAAUUUUCGUUACUUCGAAGUUGAUUUGGGUAACAAUCGUAAAUGUUGGUGGUAUGGCGGCGGAGCAGAUUUAACUCCAUACUACUUAUUUAAUGAAGAUGCUAAACACUUUCAUGAGCAAUUAAAAUUGGCUUGUGAUCAACAUAACGAAUCUUUUUAUCCACGUUUUAAAAAAUGGUGUGAUGAUUAUUUCUAUCUGACACAUCGAGGUGAGACACGUGGUGUUGGUGGAAUAUUUUUCGACGAUUUAGAUGGUACCUCACAAGAAAAAGUAUUCAGUUUUGUAAAAUCGUGUGCUGAAGCAAUCAUUCCAGCUUAUCUACCGAUUGUUGAAAAACGAAAGCAUUUAAAGUAUACUAACAAAGAACGUGAAUGGCAGUUGGUAAGACGUGGACGUUAUGUUGAAUUCAAUUUAAUCUAUGAUCGUGGUACUAAAUUUGGUCUAGCCACUCCAGAAGCUCGUAUUGAAAGUAUUUUAAUGUCUUUACCACGUUAUGCUCAAUGGAACUAUUGUUAUGACAAUUCACAGGAUCCACGUAAUCAAUCACUCAUUGAGGUGCUUAAAAAUCCUAAAGAAUGGGUUUAAACAUGAUAAUGUAAAUUCUUUUCUUUUCAAUAUUCAUUACACUGUUGUAUAAAGUUUUACUUCUUACAAUUUUAUCUCUUUAUUCUACCUCUAUAUUUAUUCAUGUAUAUCAUUAAUUAGUUUAUUAUAUUGUAUUGUGAUAUGUACUUAUGAAUGCUGAAUACAUCAAUAGGUGUCUGUCUAUUAUUUUCAUGUUGGUUUAGUAGUCGAUUGGAUCCAACUUAUUGUACAAUUUUCACAGAUUGAAAUCAUGAGUC